GGCUCGACCUCACCCGUCACCCAACCUUAAACCAUAGAGAGGGAGAGAAUGGUGGUGGAAGAGAUCGAGAACGGUACGGCGGUGGCCACCACCGGCGACGGAACUUCUCCGGCGACGGUUGCCGAGGUUUCCGGGAGGGAGCAAGAGGACGAAGAAGCAGGAGAGGAAGAAGGAGAAGAGGACGCCACAGCCACUUCGUCGAAGGACAAGAAGCACUCCCUUAUCCUAGAGCUCUCAAGGAAGCUCAUCCAUGGAGAUCUCGAUUUCCGAAUCGAAGCUGCCAGAGAAAUCAGGAAGCUACUCAGGAAGUCUCCGGUGAAGUCGUCGGCGAGGUCGAAGCUCGCUGACGCUGGAGUCAUCCCUCCGCUUGUCUCCAUGCUCGUUUCCUCCAGCCUCGACGCUCGCCGCGCUUCUCUCCUCGCUCUUCUCAACCUCGCCGUCAGAAAUGAACGAAACAAGAUCGAGAUUGUGAAAGCUGGUGCGAUUUCUCCUCUCAUCCAGAUUCUCAAGCUGCAAAAUGCCAGUCUUCGUGAAUUAGCCACUGCCGCGGUUUUAACCCUCUCAGCUGCUCCAGCUAACAAGGCGACGAUCAUCGCUGCAGGAGUCGCACCUCUUCUGGUUCAGAUGCUUAGCUCCGGAACUGUUCAAGGGAAAGUGGACGCUGUCACGGCCCUACACAAUCUAUCGGCUUGCAAGGAGAAUACCCUCUCGUUUAUGGAUGCUAAAGCUGUUCCCCCACUCAUUCACCUCCUCAAGGAAUGCAAAAAACAUACCAAGUUUGCUGAAAAAGCUACAGCUUUGCUCGAGAUCCUCUCAAGCUCUGAAGACGGGCGGACAGCCAUCGCAAGCUGUCAAGCCGGGAUCUUGACAUUAGUAGAAACGGUAGAGGAUGGGUCGUUACUAAGCACAGAACACGCGGUGGGAGCCUUGCUUUCGCUAUGCCAGAGCUCCCGGGAUAAGUAUCGGGAACUCAUCCUCAAAGAAGGCGCAAUCCCAGGCCUCCUAUGUCUAACAGUAGAAGGCACAUCCAAAGCCCGAGAACGAGCUAGAAUUCUCCUCGACCUACUGAGGGAAACCCCUCGGGAGAAGGAAAUCUCUUCCUCGGUGUUGGAAAAGAUCGUAUACGGCAUCGCCGUUCACGUCGACGGAGCGGAAAAAGCAGCGGAAACGGCGAAGAAACUGUUGCAGGAUAUGGUUCAAAGAAGCAUGGAGCUUAGCAUGAAGAGCAUACAACGUAAGGCCUCUUCCUGUGCAACUUCUGAGAUCUCCUCACAGGUUGAAUAACUAAGUACACUACUAAUCCGGUUAUGAGAUUGUAGGGUUUUUUUUUCUGGUUUCAAUAACCGGUGUCCGGUUAAGAUGAAAAAUCCGGUUAUGGCCUAGUUUGCAAAAAGAGUGUUGUUUCUAUGAGGGCAUGAAUCUUUUGCAUUUCCUUUGUACAUCAUUUUUAGCUUUUGGGGUCAUUUGUAUAUUUACAUCUCAUGUUUUUUACACAAAUUUUCUGAUUUA